CCAUCAAUAAUUGUACAUAAUUUUUAGCUAGAUUUGGUGAGGGUGAGUAGGCUCUUACGGUGGCGCAAUGCAUGAACCAAGUCUUAAAGAAAUUCACUCAAUAUGAGUGAGAAAACCCCUUGUGACUCUGAAAGUGUAAACAUGGAGAGAGGAAGUCAGAGUGCACCUCUAAGAUCUCCCUUGAUUCAAGUCUCGGUGCAAGAUGGAGCCAUGCUUGAUAAUGAUACAGAGCAAAACAAUAAAAGGGUAUUAGAAAGAGGAGAAAUUUUUGAAGAAAUCAAGCUGCAGUUAUGGCUGGCAGGGCCUUUGAUAUCUGUGGGUCUCCUCAACUUUUGCAUUCAGCUUAUAUCUGUUAUGUUUGUUGGCCACCUUGGAGAGUUGGCUCUCUCUGGGGCUUCAAUGGCUACUUCUUUUUCUUCUGUCACUGGCUUUAGCCUAUUGAUUGGAAUGGCAAGUGCCUUGGAUACUUUGUGUGGUCAAUCAUAUGGAGCAAAGCAGCACCACAUGUUAGGCAUACAUGCACAGAGAGCCAUGAUUGUUCUUAUGAUUGUCAGCAUACCCUUAGCAAUUAUUUGGGCAAACACAAGAUCCAUUCUGGUUUUCCUCGGCCAAGAUCCUGAAAUCUCUGCAGAAGCUGGAAAAUAUUCUGAGUUAUUGGUUCCAAGCCUUUUUGCCUAUGGUCUUCUUAUGUGCCUAAACAGAUUCUUACAAACACAAAAUAUUGUAUUUCCCAUGAUGUUCAUCUCUGGAGUGACUACCGUACUACAUCUUCCUGUAUGUUGGAUCAUGGUAUACAAGUCUGGACUAGGAAGCAGAGGAGCAGCCAUAGCAAAUUCUAUAUCUUAUUGGAUAAAUGUUUUCAUACUGUCACUCUAUGUCAAGUUUUCUCCCAAGUGUGCAAAAACAUGGACAGGCUUUUCAAAAGCAGCAUUGCACAACAUCCCCUCUUUUGUGAGGCUUGCCAUUCCUUCAGCCAUUAUGGUUUGCUUGGAAAAUUGGUCAUUUGAAAUGAUGGUUCUCCUAUCUGGGCUUCUACCAAAUCCAAAGUUGGAAACAUCAGUGCUAUCUAUCUGCUUGAAUACAGGAUCAGCUGCUUGGAUGUUCCCUUAUGGUUUAGGUGCAGCUGUGAGCACUCGAGUAUCAAAUGAACUUGGAGCUGGUCGUCCUUGGAUUGCACGUUUAGCAGUGUGUGUAGUAUCAGUAAUGGCCAUUUUUGAGGGGACAUUAAUUGGAAUUAUGAUGAUACUAAUACGCAAUGUUUGGGGCCACGCGUAUAGUAAUGAAGAAAAAGUGGUUAAAUAUGUAUCAAUCAUGAUGCCAAUUCUUGCAGUGUCCAGCUUCGUGGAUUCACUCCAGGGUGUACUCUCAGGCACUUGCAGAGGGUGUGGGUGGCAGAAAAUAGGUGCAUUUAUCAAUUUGGGCUCUUAUUAUCUAGUUGGGAUUCCAUCAGCUGUUAUAUUUGCUUUUGUAUUGUCUAUUGGAGGGAAGGGGCUUUGGAUGGGGAUUAUAUGUGGACUUGUUGCUCAAGUAUUAUGUCUACUUAUCAUUACCUUACGUACUGAUUGGGCUGAAGAGGCAAACAAGGCUAGAGAAAGAGUCUACGAUUCAAUAAUACCAGAGGAUAGAGUUUCAUAAAGAUGGAGUUCUUUACCAAAUAAAUAUUUGGAUGAAAAACAUCAUGUUUGUUGCCAUUCAUUCCUUUGGUAGAUAUGUGCAAUCCCCUCCUUGUCUUAGUUAAUGUGGAACCCUAAUUUGAAUUUCAAAGGUUCAUCAUAUAUGCUUUUUUUUUUUUUAUAUUCUUUUAUAGAUAUGUUGACAUUUUAACUAGGGAUGACAAAUAAACUCAUACUCGUAAGUAAUACACGAACUCGCCUUGACUUUAACGAAGAA